AUGAUCUCCCCCAAAUACGCUUUAACUCACUACUAUUACGGUGCUAAGACACUUGCGACCUCGAUUCCCAACAUAGUGAACAUUUAUGUCGAUUACAACUGUCCAUUCAGUGCAAAGUUGUACGUUAAGCUUGUGGAUGAAGUGAUUCCUCAGUUACAAGUUAAACACCCAAACAAAUUUCAAUUUGUAUAUGUCAAUGUCAUUCAACCAUGGCAUCCCAAUUCUAACAUGUUGAAUGAGUACGGGUUAGCUGUUGCCAAAUUCUUAAGAGAGGGCCCCCGUUCUGAUGUUGAUGCUAGUUCUAUUUUUUGGAAUGUGUCUAAGAUCCUUUAUGAGAAUAAAGAGAAAUUCUAUGAUGAAGCAACGGUUUCCUUGACUAGAAACCAAACUUAUGCUUAUAUUGCAAAAGUUGUCAAUGAGAAGUUGCCUCAAUUGCCCUUCACCGAAAGUCAAGUGUUGGAGCUUUUGGAUAUUAAGCCUUCGGAUACACCUUCCAAUUCCGGUAAUGGAGUAAUCGGUGAUGUUAAGUAUUUCACCAAAUAUUUGAGAGGUGUGGGUGUUCAUGUGACCCCAACCAUUUCCAUCAAUGGUAUCACUACUAAUAUUGAAAGUGGAUGGUCAAUUGAUGAAUUGGUUAAGUACUUUGAGUCUCAAAUCUGA